AUGGAGGCUGUGUACCUGGUAGUGAACGGGGUGGGCCUGUUGCUGGAUGUGCUGACCUUGGUGUUGGACCUCAGUUUCCUGCUGGUGUCCUCCCUCCUGGCUUCCCUGGCCUGGAUCCUGGCCUUCAUCUAUAACCUGCCACACAAGGUACUGACUAGUCUUCUGCACUUGGGCCGCAGAGUCUUGCUUUCACUGCUGGCCUUGAUCGAAGCCGUGGUCUGUUUCACCUUUGGGGGCUUUCAGGCCUUGUGUACCAUACUAUACAGCUGCUGUUCUGGCCUGGAGAGUUUAAAGCUCCUGGGGCAUCUAGCCUCCCACAGGGCGCUUAGGAGCCGGGAGUUCCUGCACCGGGGUGUCCUCAGUAUGGUCUCCAAUGGCCAUGCUUUGCUGCGCCAGGUCUGUGACAUCUGUGCCAUCACCAUGAGCCUGGUGGCCUACGUGAUCAAUAGCUUGGUCAACAUCUGCCUCAUUGGUACUCAGAACCUCCUCUCCCUGGUGCUGGCCCUGGGGGAUGCAGUGAUGGGACCGCUGUGGAGGAUGACGGAUGUAGUGGCUGCUUUCCUAGCCCACAUUUCCAGCAGUGCUGUGGCCAUGUCCAUCCUUCUCUGGACCCCCUGCCAACUAGCACUGGAGCUCUUGGCCUCCGCUGCCUGCCUCCUGGCCAGCUUUGUGCUUGUCAAUCUCACCGGCCUGACGCUGCUGGCUUGCGUUCUGGCAGUGACGGUGACUCUGUUGCACCUGGACAUCAUCCUGAGGCUGGCCACCGGGGUGCUCAGUCAGCUCCAUGCCCGGCCAUCCUACCACCGGCUCAGAGAGGAUGUUGUGUGGCUCUCUCGCCAAGCACUGGGCUUGGAGGCCUGGCGCCGAGUCUGGAGCCGUAGCCUGCAGCUGGCGAGCUGGCCAAACCGGGGAGGGGCACCUGGGGCCCCUCAGGGUGGCCCUAGGAGGGUGCCCUCAGCCAGGACCUGGCGACAGGACACUCUUCCUGAAGCUGGGCCCAGAUCAGAGGCAGAAGAAGAGGAGGUCAGGAUGGCCAGAGUGACAGCUGCCCGGGGCCGGGAGAGGCUCAAUGUGGAGGAGCCUAUAGCUGGGCAAGACCCGUGGAAAUUGCUGAAGGAGCAAGAGGAGCGGAAGAAAUGCGUCAUCUGCCAGGACCAGAGCAAGACGGUGCUGCUUCUGCCUUGUCGGCACCUGUGCCUGUGCCAGGCCUGCAGUGAGAUCCUGAUGCGCCAUCCCGUCUACCACCGCAACUGCCCACUGUGCCGCCAGGGCAUCCUGCAGACCCUCAACGUCUACCUCUGA